AUGUCGUCCAUCAAUUACGAUAAUAAUAAUAAUAAUCAAAUCCCAUUACAAGAUCCCAAUGCACCACCACGUUUACCAACAGAUAUACCUCGUCGUGGUGGUGUUUUAGGGCGCAAUGAUUAUAACAAUAUAGGGCGCAAUGAUUAUAAUGAUUAUAUAAGACCCAAUGAUUAUAUAGGGCCCAAUGAUUAUGUAGGGCGAAAUGAUAACUUAGGGCCCAAUAAUUGUAUAGGGCCCAAUGAUUAUGUAGGGCGCAAUUAUAACUUAGGGCCCAAUGAUUAUAUAAGGCGCAAUGAUAAUAUAGGACGCAAUGAUUACAUAGGGCGCAAUGGUUAUAUAGGACCCAUUAAUAAUAGAGGGCCCAUUGACAAUAUAGGGCGUAAUGUUUAUGUAGGGCCCAAUGACUAUAUACGGCGCAAUGAUUAUAUAAGGGGCAAUGAUUAUGUUGGGCGCAAUAAUAAUUAUAAUAGAGGCAAUCGCUUCUAUAAUCGUAAUUUUUAUAAUCAAAAUUAUCAACGUAACCGUCGCAAUUUUUAUAAUCGAAAUUAUAGAAAUAGAAAUUAUCGUAUACCACGACAAAAUUCCAAUCUGUAUGAUAGAGGUGGAUAUGGCUUCGUAAGUCCUGGACAAGGACAAGAACAAACUGUUAGACCACCUGGUCGACGUCGAUUAGGUAAUGGUCCAAGAAGACAAGGGCCACGGCAAAUUCGGUUGAAUGAUUUUAUGCCAACUGAAUUACGUGAACCUUCGCCAAAUCUUCCACCUGAUUUUAAUAUAGCUACAACUACAGCACCGGCAAUAACUAAUGUAAAUGCCCCAUCAGAUGCAUUACCACAGCGUGAAAGAUUUGUUCAAAACAACACUACUCAACCUUUCACAGUUACUGGAAAUAAUCAAAAUAAACAACUGCAACAACAACCAAAUCAACGACAACGUAAAACUACGUCUUCAUUUAGACGUCGACAACGUCGUAAUAAUCGAUUUGCUAUGUUAGCUGAUGAAAAUGAUAAUUUAUCUGACGUGGAAGCUGAAGUUAAAGAUGACUCAAUGCCUUUAAAUACAAAUAAGAAAUUAAGAAAAGUAAAAAAUUCUAAAAAGACUUCUCGAUAUCUGGAACCAACUCGUAUAUUAAAAUGGUUAGAAGAUCAUUCGAGAAGUUCAAAAAAUGCUAUAA